CGUGACUUUUUAAGAUCUGUGUGGGGAGUAAAAUAUCAACAAAAGCGCGACGAAGGUAUGGCUCAAUGCUCCGAAUGCGGAAAAAUGUCGAAGACCAGAGCUGGAUUAUUGCGCCACAUUAGGGGACACGCUAACUCUGGAAACUAUAACUGCUGUGGGAAAGCAUUUCAGGAUGCCUACAAUCUUAGAAGGCUUCAACGAACAAAGGACCCCAAUGUCACGUGUGUGUACAGUGCGGCAGGAGCUUUGCGGACAAGUACCUACUCGUGGCUAGGGAGAAAAGUGCAAAAAAGAGGGAUUGGUGAAAUGUUACCAGUGUGGGUUGGCAGUUAGGAGUGAGAAUGACCUCAGAGAGCACGUCAAUACCCACAUGCAUGACAAGUGUUACAAUAGUGAGGAGUGU